UUGCAAGGCACUAAGACCCAGUGGAGAGCAGGGGAGGCUGGGUACUGCCUGCCCACCCGCCGCCUGCUCUGCACAUCUCUGCGGUUCCUCUGGCGGAGACGGGGCCCCUCUCUCCCUUUCAUUUUCUGCUCACUUUCUGCCUUCCCAAUGUGGAGGGAGGACUUGGCUAGGAGAGAGGCGAGGGGACGGAGGUGUGUGCGGUGUUUGAAGGGAAGGAGAGAGGCGGGUGGUCAGCAUGAUGACGAGAUGAAAGGGGCCAGAAAGCUAAACAGGUCGGCUGUGCCUCAACAGACUGUGAACCUGCACAGGAGGAAGCAGCCCUCUCCAGACGGAGGUCCUUUCUAGCUGAGGGUAGCUUUUUGGAAAGAGGAGAACACAUUCAGAAUAAGCUGAUCCUCAAGUUGGUGAGAGUUUACGUGACCAUCUACAGGACUCCAGGCUAAAAUCCACGUGGUUCUGGGCCAAAGCGCUUCCAACCACCAUGCCUGAGAUCACCACCUGAGCUUCUCAGUGACUCCCUACAACGGGAGAGGAUGGGUGAUGGGCCUGUGAAAUUCAACAAACUCUCUCCUCAUCAUCCCAUCCUCUCAUGGAGCAACCUGUCACACCAAGCCCAAACUGGAACACAACUCUAUCCACGUUUCAAGCCUCACUGCCAAACAUCUCCAAUGGGACUGCAUCCUUUUCAAACACCCAACGAGGGAUAGAUCUGAAUCAGUCCUUGGCACUGUGUGCUAUGCUCAUUAUGGACGUUCUAGCAGUGGUGGGGAACUUGGCCGUUAUGGUUGUCAUCACUAAAUCACCACAACUACGUAAGUUUGCCUUUGUGUUUCACCUCUGCCUGGUGGAUCUGCUGGCAGCUUUGUUGGUGAUGCCUCUGGGAAUGGUGUCGGACCGGAUCCUCGUGAAUGAAGCAUUGUGUCGGAGCUACCUAUGCUUGAGUGUGUGUUUAGUGAGUGCUGCCAUACUCACCAUUUGUGCCAUUAAUGUGGAGCGGUACUACUACAUUGUCCACCCCAUGCGACAUGAGGUUAAGAUGACAGUCGGCGUGGUGGUGAUGGUACUGGUGGGAAUCUGGAUAAAAGCCGUUGUCAUGUCAAUACUGCCCCUGCUAGGAUGGCUGCUCCAGGGAUCCCCAAAUGUCGGGUCUCCCGAUAUCCUCUUUCCUGGUCAGAGACACUGUUCCCUCCACUGGACAGGAGGCAGGACCACACGCCUUCUUUUCAUGGCCUUCUUCACAAUCAUCUAUUUUCUUUGUCCCAUGCUGAUCAUCCUGGUGGUCUACUGCAAUAUGUUCAAGGUAGCCCGUGUUGCAGCCAUGCAUCGUGGACCCCACCCUACUUGGAUGGACACACCACGACAAAGGUCUGAGUCUGUCAGCAGCCAUUCCACCAUGGCAGCCAGCCUUGGAGGGAUUGGUGCCCGUGCAACCCCUCAAAGGACCUUCAGCGGUGGGAAGGCUGCUGUGGUUUUUGUGGCAGUGGGAGGUCAAUUCCUCUGCUGCUGGCUGCCAUAUUUCUCUUUCCACCUCUACUCAGCUAUUAUGUCUGCCCCUCCUGCCUCACUGGACCAGCUGGAGGAUGUGGUCACGUGGAUUGGAUAUUUCUGCUUUACCUCCAACCCUUUCUUCUAUGGUUGUUUGAAUCGGCAGAUUCGUGAGGAGCUGAGCCGCCACCUGGCUUGCCUUUUCAAGAGGACUGGACCUAGUGAAGCCGAGCAGCUGCCCAGCCGUGAGGCCUCUAUUGAGGAGAACUUUUUGCAGUUCCUUCAGGGCACUGGAUGCAAUCAGGAGCCCUGCAACUCUCACAGCAGACCCAGCCCCCAAGAGCCAGAGACUGAGGGCCUUCAGGAAUCAGCUGUUGAGCAGAACACGCCAGCUGACUUCCACAUCCCAGGGCAGAUCCUUGAGGAAACCGCAGAGUUCAUACAGCAGCAGCAACAGCUGAACAAUGAGCUUCGUGUGUCAGAGAACUGCUGCAAAACUGUACCAGAGCUGUAGCUGCCUCGUGUACUGUUCAUUUUGCUAUAUCAUAAUCAAAUAAAUAUGUUUAGUUUUGUUCUUAUUUUCUAGUAUUUCUUGUUCAUGCUGCAAGAUGCUCUUAGGAUAAAAGUCAGUCAAACUGCAAAUCAUGGUAUCUUCUUUGAAGAAUUGAAAUGAUGUAGCUUACAGUGAAAGAUACAUUUGCAUCAUUUUAUUGCAGCAUUACAUAUUUUUUGUGAGCCAUACUGUGUAAGGCUGUUGUGCUCUGUGUUAUGCCAGAAACAAAACCCCUGAUGUGUUGGUUGAAGUUCAAUGGCAGUUACAAACUUCACGAGGCUCUGAAAAUGAUCAAAAGUAAACUUCAGGGUAAAACGUUUUCAUGGAUUUUAAAAAAACUGUCAAAGCCACAAGUCUAUCUUUGUUCUGAUGACUACCUUCAACAAGUUCCCCUUACGUACCCAUUUAAAAUGAGAUUUACCAUUCACAAUCUAACACAACCCUUUAAAUCAUCAAAACGAUGUCAGUCAUAAUCGGACAAACGCACAACGCUGUCGCUGUCACAUUUCUUUUAUGUCAAACAUGAAGUACUUCCAGUUGUUGCUUGUACUGAAUUUGUGUUCACUUUGGUUUGUGUCUUAAAAGUUGAAAAGGCUCCUGGACAAUCUCUUCCUUGUGACUUGUUGAUACUAAAAGCUCUGCAGAUUUUUGCAGUGACUCUCUUAUAAUGAAACAAAUACAUUUGGAACUGAGUCAUCACAUCUAAAAAUUUGUUGUUUUUUUAUUCAGUAUGUGGGCUUUUUUUGCUGCCAGUUUAUUUUGUGAAUGACAGAUCUGUUGUCAUGUAUUAAUUCCUUUUCCACAAUCAAAACCAAAUCUGAAAAGCAUUUCUCAUUAUAAAGGAGAGAGGUUUCAGAAUAUUCAGACGCAUUCAACAAAUGUGUCUCAGAUUGGAGUAUCCACUCUGCUGAAAAAGGUUGUUUCACUGCAGCUGCUGCUGGUAUUUAUGAUAAACAGGCUCACCGAGUAUUUUUAACCAUUUUUCCAGAAUGUUAUUAUCAUGUUUAUCUGUUCUUAGUCUUGUGAUUAUCACCUCCUUACCAAAAUGGGAGACUCGUGAUUUCAGCUCAAAGACAAACAUUGUGGCUGGUUUAGUUUGUUUGACUGUGGUGGUGUUCAGGGUUUUUGGGCUUUAACGUUAGCAUGCCGACAACAUUUGGUAUAACUGCUCAUCGUAAAAUAUUUCGGACAACCAGUUCCCAUUACCCUGUGAUGUCUGUUUACAGGUAAACACUGGCGCAAUGUGAGUGCUCUUGUGUUUGUGCAAUAAACAACCCGGCUUGUUGUGGCUAUACACAGCACACAGGUGUGACAAUGCUUACACAUGGCUUUGCUUUGCCUUUGGCCUCUUUUACCAACUAAUGAAAGACACUGGAAACACUUUCUCCGAUCUCAGGUGGAAUACAAACACUUUGCACAAGUCACAUGAGCAGUGACAAAUGUUCCAAAGACGACUAAAAAGUCACAAAUCUGUAAAAGCAAAAUACUUGGCUCUCUUUUUAUACUUGCUCUUUCCGGCUGCCUUAAUCUAUUUUGGACUGCCUCAUAUGGGACGGUUGGCAUGAUCACAAGACCUUCAACACAAGGCAUACACGGAGGGUCCAGAGUUUGCUGGGAGUCAGAACAACAAAAAGGUCCCUUUGUCAGAAGAAUACAUAACAUCCUUAAUUUUUCCUGCUGUUUUUCCCGGACUGCUUUUUUCAGUCGGUGCUGUCUUUUCAUAUUGUUUUAAAAUGCAGAAUUUUGCACCAAUGCAGCUGGAAAUUAUUUGCUGUCAAAUCAGCAGAUAACACUGAGCAAGAAGAAAUCACAGUCCUCUGUAUCACGUGUGUUUUAAUUAAUCUAUUGACUAAAAUGAUUAUGCAAACUCAUUUUACACAAAGACAAAAACUGCCUUGUUUCUUUUUGCCACCAGCUCCCACAAACAACGGUUUUAUCUGCUCAGAUUGCCGCCAAAUUGCCGCGAACAACCUCAUGAAUCGCUUUGAGCUCUGUUUCUGCCACCAUCUGUCACAAAGAUAAAGAAAUAACCUAUUCUUGAAGGUUAAAGGUGACUUACAAUUCCAGAUUUGAAGAAUAAGCAUGUACCUUUUUGACAUUCGUUUCUAGUUUUCUUUUUUACAUGGUGAAUUGCCAGCAUGGUGGUUUUCCUUUUCUGUUUCUCUUUGUUGUACCAAAGCUGGAAAGACUGUUUUGAUGCUUUCUCUUCUAUUGGUCAAGAUUCCCCCUGUAUAUUUCCCAUGAGCUGAACUCAUUAAAGACACAG